AUGGCAAAUUUUGAACAUAAUGUGAUGGUUGCUUUGUACUGGGGUGGCGAAAUAAUUACUGAAAUGAACGGAUGCAGGUAUACUGAAUGUGCUAGAAUGAUUAUUAACAUGUAUACUUCAAUGAAGUAUGUUGAAUUGGUUGAAUUAUUGCAUGAGAAAAUGGGUACAACUAGUGAAAAUAUUCAAAUGGAUAUUUCGGGAAAAUAUCCUUGUUCGAUUCAAGGUAACCAUACAAGGUUCAUUGAGUUUAAAAUUGAUGAUGAUCAAUCUUUGCUACAAUUUUUUGUUAUACCUCAAAACUUUGCGGAUAAGAUUGACAUAAAUGUUUUGGAAAUGUAUGUAAAGACCAAAUCAACAAAUCAAAAUGAUAUAUUUCAAAUUAGUGGUCAACAUGGUUAUCACAUGAAUUUAUUGUCUCAAAAUUAUGGAUUUGCCACGGUUAGUCAACCUCAUUAUGCAGAGCCGAUUGCUCAACCACCAUUUCAACAAUUGUUAAUGCAUGACCAAGGAUCAUUUGGCGAAGGUUCAAGUAGCCAAAGACAUGUUGACAAUAGUUCGAGAAAAUAUGAGGGCAGAGAAAAUGAGAACAAUGUUGAUCCAUAUAGUGAUGUAAAUGCUGAAAUUAGUGAAGAAAGUUCGGAGGAAGAUGAACCUUCAAAAGAUGAUGGUGAAAGUGAAUCAAAUGAAGAUAUCAAUAAUGCUAGAGAUUUUUCUCAAAAUGACAUUGGUAUAAAUCUUCCUAAUCAAUUUGAAAAGGAUGUGUCUGAAGUGCAAAAUGAUGUACCCUAUUUUAGAACAUUAGAUAACGAGGAAGACAUUUUCAUGUCUACAUGUGAAUCUGAGAUGGAGUAUUGUUCCGUCUGGUCUGAAGAUGGCACAAAAGAUUUGAAAAAAGGUAUGUUUUUUAAUAGUAAAGAAAAAUUAAAACGAGCUGUGACAAUUUGGAGUUUAAAAAAAAUUAAAGAAUUCAAGGUGGUGACAUCAAACAAGAGUUUAUGGGUUGCAAGAUGCAAGUUUCAUACUUCAUUGGGUUGCUUGUGGUUUCUCCGAGGACGAAAGGUUGGAGAUAACCUUUGGAAAAUAGGAAAAUAUAUUGAAAAUCAUAGAUGUGAGACUGAGGGGCUUUCUAGAGGUCAUGCCAAUCUAAAUACCAAUUUAAUUGCAUCUUUGAUUCUUAAUCAAAUUGAAAAAAAAUCCAAGGUUUUGGUGGUAGAUGUCAUUUCCAAGGUUCACGAAAAAUUUGGUCAUCAAAUAACAUACAGAAAAGCGUGGCUUGGGCGUCAACGCGCAUUUGAAUUGGUGUAUGGUGACUUUAAGAAAUCAUUUAGUGACCUACCCAAAUUUUUUGCAGCUUUUCAACACUUUAACCAUGGAACAAUUGUGGAAUGGAAACACGAAGAGUCUAUGAGUUCAUUAGAGGUAAAAACUUUUAAAUAUGUAUUUUGGGCUUUCAAGUCAUGCAUUGAUGGAUUUCAAACAUGUCGCCCUGUUAUUUCAGUAGAUGGAACUCAUAUGUAUGGAAAAUAUGAGAUUAAAUUAUUGAUUGCUGUUGGAAUUGAUGGAAAUGAUAAUAUUCUUCCUCUAGCGUUUGCUAUUGUAGACAAAGAAUCGAAAGAAGCAUGGAAAUGGUUUUUUAAGAAUUUGAGUGCACAUGUCAUAAAAGAUAGAGAAGAUAUUUGUGUUAUAUCUGAUAGGGCAAAAGGAAUAUUGACAAGUUUGCAGGAGUUGCGGCGAUUUCAGGAGCCUCGAGUCUUCCAUCGAUAUUGUAUAAGGCAUCUUAAGAGUAAUUUUCAAUCUCGAUUUCCAAACAAGGAUCUUAGUAGGCUGAUGUGGAGGGCUGCUUCAACCCAUCAAGUAAGAAAAUUUGAGUCCUUGAUUUGGCAAAUUAGAGAAGAAAAUGAAGAUGCAUAUGAAUAUCUCAUGGAAAUCCCCUUGGAGAAAUGGACGGUUAGCCAUGAUGGUGGUAAAAGAUGGGGAGUGUUGACAACAAAUCUUUCAGAGUCGUUCAAUGGAGUGUUGAAAAAAGCACGUGGCUUGCCGGUCACUUCUAUGGUCAGACUUUCAUUAGAGCAAACUGUUGAAAGAUACACUCGUAGGUCUAAAAAAGCGCAACAACUCCUAGAACAAGAUGAAUUGUGGACCGAAAGGUUCAAAAUGAAGUGGGAGAAGAACUAUGAAAGUUCAAAAAGGCACUUUGUUUUUGAUUGGAAUAUACCCACAGGGGUAUAUGAGGUUAGAUCUAUUCAAGUUGAUGGUACUGGUGGUAAUCCUCAUUGUGUUUCACUGAAUGAAAGAAAAUGUGAUUGUGGAAAAUGGGUUAAUUUGCAUUUCCCAUGUUCACAUGUCAUGAAGGUUACUGAUAGAAUGGGAGAGCUAGCUAGAAACUUUGUUAGUGAACAUUUCACUGUAGAGAAUUAUGUUGCAACAUAUUCUGGGUCCUUCUCACCGGUUGGCCAUAAGGCGUAUUGGCCAUCUCCUAAUUUUAGAAUGGAAAGUAAUGAAUUCUAUCGUCGUCUCAAUCGAUCAAGGAACAGUAGAAUACCCAAUGAGAUGGAUCGUGGUGCUGCUGUAUAUGAGCGAGCUUGUGGAUUAUGUAGACAAACCGGACAUGAUAGGCGUCGAUGUCCAGAUCGUAAUUAA